AUGGCGAGAAAACCCGCGAAAAAAAUAAAAAAUGAUGAUGAUGAUGGAGCAGCGCCCAAAAGGAGAAAAAAUGAAAAAAAUAAUAAUUCAUUAGAAAGUGAAACUAAUGUAAAAAAUAAUUUAAACAAAAGAGAACAAAUUGAUAAUAAUAUAAAUGACAAAAGUGAAUCAUAUAAUAAAACAACUAAGAAUAAUGAAAAUAAUAGCAUUGAUAAUACUAAUGACAAUAACAAGAUUAGAGUAUGUCCUUAUUUAAGAACAAUAAACAGAAAUUUACUUGAUUUUGAUUUUGAAAAAUUAUGUAGUAUUUCUUUGUCCAAUUUACAUGUAUAUGCAUGUUUAGUAUGUGGCAUAUAUUUUCAAGGAAUCGGAAGAGGAACAUAUGCAUAUACUCACGCAUUAGAAAAAAACCAUUAUGUUUUUAUAAAUUUAGAAACUUGCAAAACUUGUUGUAUUCCUGAAAAUUAUGAAAUCCAUGAUGCAUCAUUAAAUGAUAUAAAAUAUUUUUUAAAGCCUGUUUAUAAUAAAGAUCAAGUAGAACAUUUAUGUAAUAAUUUAAUUUUGGGGAAAUCUUUAGACGGUGCUGAUUUUUUCCCAGGGUGUGUUGGUUUAAAUAAUUUAAAGCAUACAGAUUAUUGUAAUGUAAUUAUACAAUUAUUAUGUUGUAUUGUACCUUUAAGAAAUAUGUUAUUAUUAUAUGAAAGUAAGCAAAAUAUUGCAAAAAAUUUAAUAGUUGUUUUAGCAGAACUGUUAAAAAAAAUAUAUAAUCCAAAAAAUUUUAAAGGAGUUGUAUCACCUCAUGAAUUUUUACAAGCAGUAGGUAUUGAAUCAAAAAAAAACUUUAAAAUUGGUACAAAAAAUGAUCCACUAAACUUUUUUUUAUGGAUUAUUAAUAAAAUUCAUAGACAUUCAGAAAAAAAAUUACAAAAAAAAAAAAAAAAUACAGCCAAUCAAACAAACAAGCAAAAUAAUCUAAUAAAUAAUAGCAAUAUUUCAAAAAAUGCCCAUCCCAAAAGUGAUGAAGGUGAAAAAAAUAAUACUGCAGAACAAAAUAAACAAGACACAAAUUAUGAAUCAGAUAAAAGUAGUAGCCAUAAGAAAAAGAAGACAAAAUGGAUGUAUGAUGGCAUAAAUAUUAUUGAUUAUUGUUUUGAUGGAGAAUUAAUUAUUAAAACUAAAAAAACAAAAGAUGAUAUAACAGAAGAAGGUACAAAUUAUGAAGGGAUAAAUGAUACUUCAGGAGGCACUAAUUCCAUUGCCCCUAAUCUAAAUGAUAAUAAUAGUAGCCAAGAUGAAGGCGAUAAUGAAUUUAAUGAAGACAAAAACUAUAUAUUUAAGAAAACCCCAUUUCGUACUUUAUCUUUAAAAUUGCCUAAUCCUCCAAUAUUUAAAAGCACAACCGAAAGUAAUAUAAUACCUCAAGUAUCCAUUUUUGAAUUAUUAACAAAAUAUGAUGGAGAAACAGAAACAUUUUUAUCAGAUAAAGCAGUCCCAAGUACAUUAAUUAUUUCAAAAUUGCCAAAAUAUUUAAUUUUUACUAUACAAAGAUUUUCAAAAAAUAAUUUUUUUACAGAAAAAAAUGGAACUAUUGUUAAUUUUGUUAUCAAAAAUCUCGAUAUGAAAGAUUAUGUACAUCAAGAUUAUCUUGACCAAAACCCAGUAACAAAAUAUAAUUUAGUUGCAAAUAUAUUUCAUACUGGUACUGUUGCUAAUGGUUCAUAUAAAAUACAUGUUUUACAACAAGCUACAAACGAAUGGUAUGAAAUUGAAGAUCUACAUGUUAUUUCGAUUUUACCACAACUUGUUUUAUUACCAGAGUCAUGUAUUCAAUUAUAUCAGCGUCAAGAUGUUCAGCUAAAUGGAGAGAUACUAUAA